AUGGCGGAGCGAGACCGUGUGGAGGAGGGCAAUGAGGCCUUGGACCCGGAGCUCCUGUUCUCCAAGGAGUAUUGCAUUGGAGGCGGUAGCUUUGGAAAGGUUUACAAAGGUGUGGACAAGCGAACGGGCGAGGCAGUUGCCAUCAAGGUUAUCGAUAUCGAAAGCGCCGAAGACGAGGUCGAGGACAUUAUCCAGGAGAUUGCCAUUCUUUCAGAACUACAGUCUCCCUACGUAACUAAGUACUAUGGCUCCUAUGCCAAAGGUGCAGAGCUCUGGAUUGUCAUGGAGUUUUGCUCUGGUGGAAGCUGUGCCGACCUGAUGAAGCCUGGGAUCAUUGGCGAGGAUUAUAUUGCCAUCAUCGUCCGUGAGCUGCUUCUUGGUCUCGAAUAUCUACACUCCGACAAGAAACUACAUCGAGAUGUCAAAGCUGCCAAUGUGCUCCUCACCGCCAGUGGUCAGGUCAAGCUGGCAGAUUUCGGUGUUUCCGGCCAGCUCUCAGCGACCAUGACGAAGAAGAACACAUUUGUCGGCACUCCCUUUUGGAUGGCCCCCGAGGUGAUCAAGCAGUCAGGAUAUGAUCACAAGGCUGAUAUCUGGUCUCUUGGAAUCACCGCCCUGGAGCUUGCCAAUGGCGAGCCUCCAUAUGCCGACAUUCAUCCCAUGAAGGUUCUCUUUCUGAUCCCCAAGAACCCUCCGCCCAGGCUCGAGGGAAACUUCACCAAGGCUUUCAAGGACUUUAUUGAGGUCUGCCUGCAGCGUGAUCCCAAGGAAAGACCCACUGCGAAGGAUCUCCUCAAACACCCUUUUAUCAGAAGGGCGAAGAAGACAACAUAUCUCACGGAGCUGAUCGAGCGGUACACUCGCUGGCGUGCAACCAACAGAUCCGAAGACGACAACUUUGACGAAUACGAUGGGCCGGCUCCCGUCGAACCGGAAAAGGUGAACGACGACAUGUGGGACUUUGGAACCGUUAGGUUGGUUGGCGAUAAGGGCGGCUUCGUAAACCGGCCGGGUCUAAAUGCUAUGGACGAAAGUUCCGCCAAUGCCCGCGCGUCGAGGUCAACGGACAGCAUGAGCGAUUGGGGUGAAAGGAGACGAGAGGUUAGCCCGACCAAGAACAAGGACUUUGCUCUCCAGUCGAGCGACACCGUCAAGGCGGCCUAUUCUAGUGGCACGUCGCGACAGUCGAGCCCGCAACGGAAACCUGUCGCAGGAGGACAGCUCGCAGUGCCUGGUUCCCCAACGAGGGUCCCUCUCCCGUCCAGCCCGCAGAAGCAGCACCACGGAUGGGAUCCAGCCGAUGUGCCCCGACCUCUGGAGACGACACCGCGGCCACCUAGGUAUUUACCCACGGCACCCAGCCCCCAGUCGUCGGAGUAUGACCGUGAGUUGCAGGCGCAGCUUCAGCGCGAUAUGGGCGGGCUGAACCUGAACCUGGCACCAUCGAUGCCGCCAGACAUGUUGGACGGCUCGUUCUCGAAAGCACCCACGCCACCACCCCAUCAACCACAGCCUCAGCUGUCAAGCUCGAGAAUGUCACCACUUGAAAUUCCCGAGAUCCCUCCAUACAGAGGCGCUCCUUCGGGACAGCAGCCACGAACACCUUCAGAUCGUGGAAUGAAUGCGCAGAAGCCACUGCCUCUGCCAUCCAAGGCUGCUAGCCCCGUGCCGCCAGAGUUGAUGGCUCCAUCCGCUUUCCCAGCGCCUGCACCAGCUAAUCCUAACGGGGAGCUGGACGCUCUGAACGAUGUGAUCUUCCCAGCUCUGGAGGAGGCUCUGAAGCGGCGCCAGAUCCGGCUGCAGCAGGUUUGCAAGCCGGGAAUGAACCAGGUGUUGACGCCUCAGCAGCAACGUGCGGAAGCGGCUCACGAACGCCUGCGCAACCUGGUGUUCAAGCUUGCACAUGUGUGCAAGGAGAUUGACCACUAUGACAAGCAAGAGCCUGUCGGCAUGGGAAGGGAGGUCAACAGCUUCCUGGAGGGGUUGCUAGAGGAGAUUUUGGUGCGGGUAGAGCCGCUGGAUGAGGAAGAGGUGCAAGCAUUAUAG